UGCCAUCCUGUGUGUGUGACUGUCACCGAGGAAGGCUCACUGUGGGUCUCUAAGGUUGGUAAGACUCCAUUUCCCCUUUUCCUUAGGAUCCUGGUGACUGAAUGGAACGCCAUUUUUUUUUUCUUCUCGUUUCAGACAGAUUUGCUCAGCGCGAUGGGCUGCAAAAACCUGUUGAGCCUGGGUCAGCAGAUGCUGCGCCGGAAAGUGGUGGACUGCAGCCGGGAGGAGAGCCGGCUGUCCCGCUGCCUCAACACCUAUGAUCUGGUAGCUCUUGGGGUGGGCAGCACCUUGGGUGCUGGUGUCUACGUCCUAGCCGGUGCAGUGGCCCGUGAGAAUGCUGGUCCUGCCAUCGUCAUCUCCUUCCUGAUCGCUGCUCUUGCCUCAGUGCUGGCCGGCCUGUGCUAUGGCGAGUUUGGUGCCCGUGUCCCCAAGACGGGCUCAGCCUACCUCUACAGCUAUGUGACAGUGGGGGAGCUCUGGGCCUUCAUCACUGGCUGGAACCUGAUUCUCUCCUACAUCAUCGGUACAUCCAGCGUGGCAAGAGCCUGGAGUGCAACUUUUGACGAGCUGAUAGGCAAACCCAUCGGAGAGUUCUCGCGUCAACACAUGGCCCUGAACGCCCCUGGGGUGCUGGCCCAAACCCCGGAUAUAUUUGCUGUGAUUAUAAUUAUCAUCCUGACAGGACUGUUAACUCUCGGUGUGAAAGAAUCAGCCAUGGUCAACAAAAUCUUCACCUGUAUCAAUGUCCUGGUCUUGUGCUUCAUCAUGGUGUCGGGAUUUGUGAAAGGCUCCAUUGAGAACUGGCAGCUCACGGAGAAUAAAUCCAGUCCUCUCUGUGGGAACAAUGACACAAACGUGAAAUACGGUGAGGGAGGGUUCAUGCCCUUUGGAUUCUCUGGUGUCCUGUCAGGGGCAGCGACCUGCUUUUAUGCCUUCGUGGGCUUUGACUGCAUCGCCACCACAGGGGAAGAAGUCAAGAACCCCCAGAAGGCCAUUCCUGUGGGCAUCGUGGCGUCCCUCCUCAUUUGCUUCAUAGCUUACUUUGGGGUGUCCGCUGCUCUCACCCUCAUGAUGCCCUACUUCUGCCUGGACACUGACAGCCCACUGCCUGGCGCCUUCAAGUACAGGGGCUGGGAAGAAGCUAAGUAUGCAGUGGCCGUGGGCUCCCUCUGCGCACUCUCCACCAGUCUCCUAGGUUCCAUGUUCCCCAUGCCCCGAGUUAUCUAUGCCAUGGCUGAAGAUGGACUACUGUUUAAAUUUUUGGCCAAAAUCAACGAUAGGACCAAAACACCAAUAAUCGCUACUGUGACCUCAGGCGCCAUCGCUGCUGUGAUGGCCUUCCUCUUUGAACUGAAGGAUCUGGUGGACCUCAUGUCCAUUGGUACUCUCCUGGCUUACUCUUUGGUGGCUGCCUGUGUUUUGGUCUUACGGUACCAGCCAGAACAACCUAAUCUGGUAUACCAGAUGGCCAGAACCACCGAUGAGCUAGACCAGGUAGACCAGAAUGAGAUGGUCAGUGCCAGUGAGUCCCAGACAGGCUUUUUACCAGCAGCCGAGAAGUUUUCUCUGAAAACCAUACUCUCACCCAAGAACAUGGAGCCGUCCAAAUUCUCAGGGCUAAUUGUGAACAUUUCAGCCGGCCUCCUAGCCGUUCUUAUCAUCACCGUGUGCAUUGUGGCCGUGCUUGGAAGAGAGGCCCUGGCUGAAGGGACGCUGUGGGCAGUCUUUGUAAUGACAGGGUCAGUCCUCCUCUGCAUGCUGGUGACGGGCAUCAUCUGGAGGCAGCCUGAGAGCAAGACCAAGCUCUCGUUUAAGGUACCCUUUGUCCCCGUACUUCCUGUCUUAAGCAUCUUUGUGAACAUCUAUCUCAUGAUGCAACUGGACCAGGGCACGUGGGUCCGGUUCGCAGUGUGGAUGCUGAUAGGCUUUGCCAUCUACUUUGGCUAUGGGGUCUGGCACAGUGAGGAAGCAUCCCUGGCUGCUGGCCAGGCAAAGACUCCUGACAGCAACUUGGACCAGUGCAAAUGACCCAUAGCCCCACCCACCAAGGUGACAGCGGUUGACGGGUGCCGGCAGAGGCCUGGGACCCUCACACUCUCUCCCCUCAUGCCUCGGGACCAGCUCACACCCCCAAUGUCACCAAAGCUGGUUUGUAGCCUCAGCCAUAGCUGACAUGGCUUGGUCAGACAGCCCUGCAGCCAGCUCCAGAGAUCCUGGUCACUUCUGGACAGUUCCUUGGUUUUUCUCAUCUCCCUCUGAACAAAGAAAGCAGCCCUUCUCCCUGCCAGCUGGGCGCUUUGCUGCUUCGGCCCCAGCAGAAGGGAGGCCCCCUUCUCCUCUUAUUCGGGAAGCAGGCCUCCCUCCUUCCCUGGGACCACCCUGCGUACACUCAUACGUACACUCCAGAGGGUUAGUGGGCGUCUAUCUCCCUGUCAACCCAGCCAGGACAGCCACCUGACCCCAAGAUGCGAGACUAGCCCAGUGAGGAAGCUGUCUCCCAGCAGUGCAACCCAACAGCCCAUCAACUCCAGAAUACCUAGAGGACCAACAGGCCCGCAUCUUACUGCUUUCAGGCUGGGGUAUUAGGAUGGGGCCCUGAUCUGCAUAGAGGCUUCUGAACCAAGCCCAGCACAGUGUGAGCCAUUCUCACGCGCAGAAAACGGGAGGUCCCUGGAGUGAUCGAUUGUAUCAAGACUGGAUGGCCAGCUCUGCUCACGUGGACGAGGGCGACAUUCUCUAGCCUUAUUCUUAGCAGGCCUGGAUCAGUUUCUGCUGCUCUUGGCAUCUGUCCUCACUGUCCUGAGUCACUGGAACACGAGGCUAUAUCAGUAGGAUUGUCAUUCUCUCAGGUCUUCCAAGGUGGUUCGGACAGGUGGCACUCAAUACAGGGUGGUGACACUCUUCUAACCGCUGACGCGAAGGACUGCUGUGGGGGUCCUCCAGUCGCUUGCUGUGAAUCACUCCACUGGAUUAACUUGGGGCUCACUGUUGUUAAUGUUCCAACCUUGGGAGAUGGUCAAAUAAUUACCCAGUGCCAUAUCAGCUUGUGGUUCGUGAUGUGUGCUCUGCACAAGAGGUGGCUUGGGGUCCUACCGCUAUCCCUCCUGUAGCUGUGGUGCCUUUGCCUGCCGUGCUACUGGUAAGAUUUCUACCCUGGCCUGGACCUUCUGCUCCCCGAGUCUGCCUUCAUUUCCCCUCCCCCAUGCUCCUUAUCUCUCUGGGUGAGGCCCUAGGGCCUACACCUCUUCACUUACUCUGUGUAGAUAGAAAGGAUGGUGAGUGAGUGCUGGUGGAUUCCUGGAACCAGCAGGGCACCCCUCCUCCACACCCACGCCAUGACAACAGGGCGGGGAAGGCUGGUGUCUUAGACUAAUAUUAAUGCUGUUUUUAAAGCCUAGCUUUCUUUCCUGUCUGGCCUUUGACCCAUGUCUGGUGGAAACCGGCCGGGUAAACUGAUGACACUGUCUUCCCCUCUGCUCUGGAAGGUUCUUGGGAAUGGCCGGAGUUGGUGGAACUGGCCUGGCACGGAACCUAGUGGUGGAGCACUUGCCUAGCAUAUGCAGGGCCCCAGUGCUACGGAAAAUUAGAGAAACCGCCCGGUUGCUGUGUCAGCCAGUGGAGGGUAGCAGAGCAGCCAAGAGCCAGGCAUCGUGCCAGGCCCUGACCCCCAUCCAGGCACUUUGUCUCCUAGGCUGUCUGAGAAAACUUCAAAGGGAGUAUUAUAAGACCCUAAAUGUUGAGUUUCUAAAGGUAUUUAAAGUUAUGUAGAUUGGUGCUGUAAAAUAUUUUGAUAAAUAUUAACUUAUUUCGUUCGGGUCUUAAUUACCUGUUGUCUUCUUAGGGCCUGUUAGAUAUGUCUGGGUUGGUUUUUUUUCCCCCCCUUGUUACUUACAUAGGCAGAGAAGGAGUGCCCAGUGAGGUGUUGGGAGAAUUAGGUUUCACUCUGUAGCUGCCCUAGUCUAGCCUCUGCCUCAGGCUCCUGAGUGCUAAGGUCGUAGGUGUGAGCCUCCUCUCCUCCUGCUAAACUGUCUCCUCGCUUUCUGGAUGAAACUUUCCUGUCUAAGGCAGCUGAACAAUGUGUUUACAGUUGACAUUUCAGCCAGCAGCCUGGAUCCCACCAAGGGGAAAGGUAUAUAUAUAUAUAUAUAUAUAUAUAUAUAUAUAUAUAUAUAUAUAUAUAUAUAUAUAUGGGUUUGAUCCGCCGACAGCAAUGGUGGCAGAUCUGCUCUGUGUGUUUCACUAUGUGACACAGGAGCAAACACAGGCCUUGGCUGGGGGUGGGGGUGGAGGGGUGACAUCCUAUACCCACUUCCUAGUCAGGAAAAGAUAUGCAGGGGUGACUUGCCUAGUUAGUUGAUUGGCCACUGAGCUUUCACUAAGUGUGGACAGUUAACCAGGGAAGCUCUUUUGGGGUGCACGGGAACAAUGAAGCUUGGAGGGAGCCCCUAAUAUGCUUUUUUAUUAUGCCCCCAGUUCCUUUUCCUGAAAGGAAAACACAAGCCCCAAACCCAGACAACACACAUACACACAUCCCUCCGGACCCACAGUAGGUAGGGUCGAGUCUCCUAGUCUCCCGUCCAAAAAAGAGUCCCAUUGGAUUUCAAAGCGUGGCCAGUAUUUCCUACCUGGUUGGGACUUAAACAUUUUAAAGACAACUUCCCAUGCCUUCCCUUCAACUAGAGUGCUCACAUUGGAAAGACCCAUUUUCUCAGGAGCCUGUGCCCUUCCUUCUUGUCUCUGGGUCGAAGUUCAUGAAGAAGCCAAUACCCAGGGAGCUGUGCUUAGGAGUGGGGCCCAAGAUGUCUCCACCUUUCAGAAGGUGGCCCCAGUGGUGGCUUGGUGGCCAGAAGUGACUGCAGGACCGUGGCAGGACAUCAGGCUCCUCCACCUGCCCCUAGUGGGCAAGGGUUGGAUAUCCCCCCUCCCAAACCCCCCCUCCUGAGCACAGCCAGCGUGUGCACACCAAAGGGAAUAUAUGACACACUCCACCCUGUCCACUACCUGCCACUCUCAUGCACAGGGCUGGGGAUACCAGUGGCUAUGUUUGUACGUUGGCCCUAACCCCAGGCAGACAUUCUGAAUUGGGUAGUGUUCAUAGUCUCCUCUAACAAGGAACUUGCCCAACGCUGGAAGAAGCUUAGAAACAGCAGUGUGAGGGACUGGGUUCCUGGGAUAAGCGUGGACAAGUCCCACAGACCCCCUCAUAUCUACCGGCCAAGCCACGGGCACCGCUGGCCUGUGUACCUACCUACAAUGAAAACAUGGCUGGCUCUCGCCGGGGCCCAUCCUUUCUGACUUGAAUGUCGUAUGUCCCCACAGAAACUUAUUUCAUUCUAAUAAAAGCUUACUGUUUUCUUGGUACCCAAACACUAAAGAAUCUUAGUGGGGAUCUCAGUGCCAGGAUACUUGAGUCCAGGUAUGGUUGAGGUAGCCAAGUGAGUGGCCAACAGAGAAUACAUGAGCCAUGGAACUGCUACAGAAGUCAAAGUCAGCGGUGAAUGUAUGUUAUGUGCGGUUAUUUUAUGGAGUUCAAACCGUCCUGUCUGUUUGGCCUCCUCGUGAGAAGAUUGUACGUGAGGCUCCUGGGGGGAGAGUGAACGGUCCAUUCCUUCAGCUCAUUUUGGUGUGUGGAAUGCUUUUAUUGACACAGUGGUACAGGUGAAAUGUGCACCAGUCCAAUGUGGUUAGGAUGAAAAUUUUAAGGCAAAAAGAAAAAAAAAUCAGCUGGUUUUCACCUCCCUUACUCUAGCCCAGUCUGGCCGUAUCCGCUGCUCCAUUGAACUGGAAGAAUAUGGUGUGGCCAAGGGUCUUGGGACAUGGUGACCAAGGAGCCUUCCUGGACCAUCCUGUUACAUGUGCUGAAUGGCUAGCAAAAAAAGCCCAGGAGAGAUGAAAAGACCACGUCCAAAAAAUGUUCUCAGGGCGCUGGCGUGUCCAGCAGGGUCAGGAAGCAAGAUUUAGGAAGAGACAUCAUGCAAACUAAUUUAUUGACAAGUGUUACCUUUGCGUUCCUUGACAAGCUUUUUUGCGUUUGGGACUUAUUUUCCCAUUUGAGAAGUUAUAAUAUAUCUUUGUAUUUAAGGUAUUUACUGCUUUGUUUGUGCCUUGCAGCUUCGAUGGGUUUAAGGUUCACAGAGGGUCAUGAUACUAAUGAGGGCUGGUUUAUUAGCAAACCUGAGCAGUUAAGUGGUUUCUCCAGGACAAUUUUUUUACUUCUACUGAACACAGAGCCAUUAUUAAAAGAGUUAUGUGUGGAUUUUCAUUAUGUAAAUUGUAUAUAUUUUUUUGCUUGUUCGAGGUUCUAUUUUUCUAAUAGUCUUCUUACAGUUUCUUACAAUGACAUUAGAUUAAGUCCGAUACUAACUGUAAAUCAAGCUGGUCUCUGUUGGAUUCCCGUGGAUUAAUUCUAUUUUAUUUUAAGGCCAAGUGCAGGUGUCGUCCAUCACCCUUUUAAGAAAUGUGAAACUUGUGUCUCCCCUCGUGGCUGAAUACAUUGUACACUGGCAAACCCCCUCCCGUCCCUGUGUGUCAGAGCUAUUUUGUGGUACAUUGUGUCAUGCUUCUGCAGAUGCUAAUAAAUCCUGUCUGGCUUCCA